UCGCCAAACUUCUCUUUGCGAGGAUAUCUGUGAGAAAAUUAAUUCCCAACCAUAUCUUGGACUCGUGUCCCUCGUGAGCCUUUAUGGACACGCUCGGUUUUCCUGUGGCCCUGCGGUAGCGGUUCAGGCCAUGUACACCUGUUCGGCGGUCUUGGAUUUUCUUCUGAGCUGCAAGGUGUUCUCGAAUGCUAACGACUAUUAAGCCCCAAACCCAGGCCAUCAUGGCAACCUGAGACAGUCCGGACGACCUGUAGGUUCCGCACAAAAAUAUGUUUCAUCAUUUGGUAGUCACGGGGUCACUUGUAUAUAGACAGCAAGAGGAGAACAGUAGCGAGUGUUGACCUGUGUGGCCGUGUAUUGAACAAAAAGCUGCAACACAUUUAUAUAUAGAAGGAUGGUCUGAGCCUGACAUGCACCCUGAUUCAAAGUUUGACAGCGAAGGAACAGGUGACAGCUACGAGAUUUGAUUAUGCACGACGUUUGACUUGGUCCAGUAUUUGAAUAACCAACAGUGAGAAGCUGAGACAGCACCUAUGUAUAUCGGUCUUGCCGAUUUCCAUCAAGAAGCAAGAGGAUAAAACACCUCAACGGGAGAAUCGGCACAGAAGAAAACGAAAGUCGGCGACGGUGUUAUCCAGACCGGCCCCCUGUCGGAAAUUUACCACGAAGACUUCGGCGCAGACAGUGGUUAGAGAGUAUUGCUUCUGUUGGAAAGUGAUGAGCAUUGACGACAUCAUGUCAAAGAUUCGAGAGCAUGUAUGCCAGCCAUGUGCUAGCACGCUGACCUGACAAAUCUCCAGCUAAGCCUGGUCAAUCCGGGCGUUGUCAAGCGAUGAGGCUGUUCCAUCAAACUGGAGGAUACAAAGGCUCGGGGCGGAAAUGGGAUGAUUCUGUAUGGUCAUGUUCUCGAGGUGGACGCAGUUGGAUGUAAAUCUUGACACCAUAAAACCUCGUGCAACACAAUCGUUUCUUCUGGCUCAGGAAUUAUCAACCCUUGGCGGGAACAAAACCAUGUGGCAGACCCUGGCAGCUUGCCGAUUGUUGGAACGACGCUGUUUUUCUGGAGCGGCAGAUGCCUGUCAUGGAAUGCGCGAACAGUGGAUAGCAAAGCCACACUGCUGGUGCUGCUGGGUAGACGGGGUGUCUGAUAUCUUGAAGAGUCGGCAGACCACGACAAUUAUCAUUAAAUACAUGGACGAGGAGAUUCAUUCUUCUCCAUCACCAGAGGGCAGUAGAAUGAGAAAUUAAAAAAAUCGGUGGAUAGGGG